UGACGCUUAACGCUAACCAGCAGGUCGAGCUGUUCUCCGGUGGCACAGACGGAUCUCACGGUUGGACAGGAUGCCUUUCUCCGAGCUGUAUUUUAAUGUCGAUAACGGCUACCUGGAGGGGCUGGUGAGAGGCUUUAAAGCUGGAAUACUGUCCCAGGCGGAUUAUUUAAACCUUGUUCAGUGCGAGACUCUGGAAGACUUGAAGCUCCACCUGCAGAGCACAGACUAUGGCAGCUUCCUGGCAAACGAGGCGUCUCCUCUCACUGUUUCUGUUAUCGAUGACAAGCUGAAGGAGAAGAUGGUGGUGGAGUUUCGCCACAUGAGAAACCAGUCGUACGAACCACUGGCCAGCUUCAUGGACUUCAUCACAUACAGUUAUAUGAUUGAUAACGUCAUCCUGCUGAUCACGGGAACUCUGCACCAGCGGGCCAUCUCUGAGCUGGUGCCAAAGUGCCAUCCCCUGGGAAGCUUCGAGCAGAUGGAGGCAGUCAACAUCGCCCAGACUCCUGCUGAGCUCUACAAUGCCAUCCUUGUGGACACGCCACUGGCUGCAUUUUUUCAGGACUGCAUAUCUGAGCAGGACUUGGAUGAAAUGAACAUUGAAAUCAUUCGUAACACCCUUUACAAGGCGUAUCUGGAGGCUUUCUACAAGUUCUGCUCCAACUUGGGAGGAACGACCGCUGACACCAUGUGUCCUAUUCUGGAGUUUGAAGCUGACAGGAGAGCCUUCAUCAUCACCAUUAACUCAUUUGGCACAGAGCUGUCCAAGGAGGACCGUGCCAAACUCUUUCCCCACUGUGGCAAGCUUUACCCAGAAGGCCUUGCACAGCUGGCCCGUGCAGAUGAUUAUGAGCAGGUCAAGGCUGUCGCUGAUUUUUAUCCUGAGUACAAGCUGCUGUUUGAGGGUGCUGGAAGCAACCCAGGAGAUAAAACCCUGGAGGACCGUUUCUUCGAACAUGAGGUGAAACUGAACAAGCUGGCCUUCCUCAACCAGUUCCACUUUAGUGUUUUCUACGCCUACGUGAAGCUGAAGGAGCAGGAGUGCAGGAACAUCGUCUGGAUCGCCGAGUGCAUCGCCCAGCGGCACCGCGCCAAGAUCGACAACUACAUUCCCAUCUUCUGAGCCUCCAUCUUCCCACCGUCAUUUCAUUCAGGUUCAUUAUUUUGUUAGUUUGUUUUUUUUUGUCCCCAGUCACAGUUUGGUGUUAAAGUUUCAGAUGGUUUGAUGCUAAAUUCCCCCUUUGUUCACUCGUCACUGUACACUGGUUCUCAGCAGAGUUCAUGUGUGUUCCUUUCAGGCGCGUGAAGUUAAACUGAGUAAAAACACAGUCUAUUUAAGGAUGUAAUGUUUUGUUUACUGGCAAGAAUCACCUGAUUCUGGCUCAUCAGACGAAUGUGGCGCCUGUUUAAACGCAUUUGACUUUCAAAAACUUUUCUGUCUUAACUUUCUUCCACAUCACACCAUGACCUGGAUGACUGAGAACCUACAGACACACCUUCCACUCCGCGUGUUCUAUGGCACACCCCCGUCCACCUGAGCUGGCCUUAAAAACAAAACGGAGAGGAAGAAUUUGCAAUUCACUAAGAACAAAGGAUGGGGCAACAAAGCAUUCACAGUACCUUUUUUUUUUUUUUUUUUUGGUCAUGUUCAGGCACAUCUCCAGACACAUGACACACCUGCAUUUUCCUGUUUCAGAUAUAUAACCUACCAGAACAAGUUAAAUUCAGCCUGUCCAGCUCAAAGUGGUGGAACAUGAAAACAUUCCUCUGCUCAGUGUCAGUCUUUAACCUGUAUUUAUUUCUGUUUUUAGUGCUAGGUUUUCUCAGCAUGUCUGGCAGUUACUGUGGUUUUCCCUCAAACUGAGUGAAAUGUGUGAGGCCCUUCUGAUUUGUUGUCUAAAUAUAUUGUUGAAAAAUAUUAAAAAAUGGAACAGCUGAACAGGAACUCAGCAUCUUUGUUCCAGUGUGGAGGGUCUGUGCGUUAAGUGGAAUGAGUCAAUAUCUCGGGCAUAUAUAUAUAUGACAGUUUAAAAUAUAUGAAGAUAUAUAGAUAUUUAAUGAUGACUAUAUGAUUAUGUUUUCUCAUGCUGUAAAUGAUUUAUUACUGUUUUGAUCUGUUAUUUGUGAAAUGUGUAUUGUAAAUGUGACAAAAUAAUAAACAGACUAAUGCAGGUCUGGA